GUUUCCAGAUUUGUAUCUGGGCCUACUUUAUUUGAUGCGAUGAAUAUGGACUAAGUAAAUAGCUGAUGGUUUUUGUUAUAAAUAUCGUUUCCUCUUCUACCCUCACCUUUACUCUGUUUCUUUCUCACUGCAAGCAAUUUGUUUUCUCAAGAAGAAGAAGAAGAAGAAGAAGAAGAUAACGAUGAAUGGAGCUAUAGGAGGUGACCUUUUACUCAAUUGCACGGACAUGUCGGUCCUAGAGCGCCAAAGGGCUCACCUCAAGUAUUUCAAUCCCAGCUUUGAUUCUCCUCUCGCCGGCUUCUUUGCCGAUUCAUCAAUGAUUAACGGCGGCGAGAUGGACGGCUAUCUUGCGACUGCCGGUUUGAAUCUUCCGAUGAUUUACGGGGAGACGACGGUGGAAGGUGAUCCAAGAAUGUCCAUUUCCCCAGAAACUACGCUUGGGACUGGAAAUUUCAAGAAAAGGAAGUUUGAUACAGAGACUAAGGAUCGUAAUGAGAAGAAGAAGAAGAUGAACAGAGAAGAAGUAACAGAAGAAGAAGAAGAAAAGUCGAAAAUAACAGAGCUAAACAAUGGGAGCCCAAAAAGCAUCAAGAAGAUGAAAAACAAAGCCAAGAAAGAAGAGAACAAUUGCUCUAACGAUUCAUCUAAAGUGACGAAGGAAUUGGAGAAAACGGAUUAUAUUCAUGUUCGUGCACGACGAGGUCAAGCCACUGAUAGUCACAGCAUAGCAGAACGAGUUAGAAGAGAAAAGAUUAGUGAGAGAAUGAAGUUUCUACAAGAUUUGGUUCCUGGAUGCGACAAGAUUACAGGCAAAGCAGGGAUGCUUGAUGAAAUCAUUAACUAUGUUCAGUCUCUUCAGAGACAAAUUGAGUUCUUAUCGAUGAAGCUAGCAGUUGUGAAUCCAAGGCCGGAUUUUGAUAUGGAUGACAUUUUUGACAAAGAGGUAAUUGUCUCAACUCCAAUGACUGUGGUGCCAUCUCCUGAAAUGGUUCACUCCGGUUAUUCUCAUGAGAUGGUUAAUUCCGGCUAUUCCAAUGAGAUGGUUAAUUCCGGUUAUCAUCAUGUCAAUCCAAUGCAGCAAGCGGAAACCAGUUCUGAUCCACUGUCAUGCUUCAACAAUGGCCAAGCUCCUUCAAUGUGGGACUCUUAUGUGCAGAAUCUUUAUGGGAGUUUAGGAGUUUGAUUAAGAACAACGAUUCACAACUUAACAAUGUUCCCUAAUUCAAAUUAUUCAUCGGAAGAGAAGAGAGAGCAAACUUAUAGCUGUUAUUUACUAAUUUCCCUAGAUUAUUGACUUGAGAUUUCCCGCCCAUUAUUUUAUGUAUCAAAUUAAAGAGUGUAUAAAUUGCAAACCAGUUAUAUAUUUCUUACCAGUGGACGUAGUCUUUCAAGGUGUGUUCUCAUUUCCUUGUGGUCAAUGAUCAUCCGUAGGAUUUUAUUUUUU